AUGACUGACCCUAGUGCCCUGUCUCUCCUCCAGGGGGUUCCACUAACCACCAUGUCCCCUCUAGUGUCUGACCCUAGUGCCCUGUCUCUCCUCCAGGAUAUACCACUAACCACUGUGUCCCCUCUAGUGACUGACCCUAGUGCCCUGUCUCUCCUCCAGGAUAUACCACUAACCACUGUGUCCCCUCUAGUGACUGACCCUAGUGCCCUGUCUCUCCUCCAGGGGGUUCCACUAACCACCAUGUCCCCUCUAGUGUCUGACCCUAGUGCCCUGUCUCUCCUUCAGGAUAUACCACUAACCACUGUGUCCCCUCUAGUGACUGACCCUAGUGCCCUGUCUCUCCUCCAGGGGGUUCCACUAACCACCGUGUCCCCUCUAGUGACUGACCCUAGUGCCCUGUCUCUCCUCCAGGGGCUUCCACUAGCCACCAUGUCCCCUCUAGUGUCUGACCCUAGUGUCCUGUCUCUCCUCCAGGAUAUACCACUAACCACUGUGUCCCCUCUAGUGACUGACCCUAGUGCCCUGUCUCUCCUCCAAGGGGUCCCACUAACCACCGUGUCCCCUCUAGUGUCUGACCCUAGUGCCCUGUCUCUCCUCCAGGAUAUACCACUAACCACUGUGUCCCCUCUAGUGACUGACCCUAGUGCCCUGUCUCUCCUCCAGGAUAUACCACUAACCACUGUGUCCCCUCUAGUGACUGACCCUAGUGCCCUGUCUCUCCUCCAGGGGGUUCCACUAACCACCAUGUCCCCUCUAGUGUCUGACCCUAGUGCCCUGUCUCUCCUCCAGGAUAUACCACUAACCACUGUGUCCCCUCUAGUGACUGACCACUGUCUCUCCUCCAGGGGAUUCCACUACCACCGUGUCCCCUCCACUGUGUCCCCUCUAGUGACUGACCCUAGUGCCCUGUCUCUCCUCCAGGAUAUACCACUAACCACUGUGUCCCCUCUAGAUGUACCACUAACCACCGUGUCCCCUCUAGUGACUGAGCUAUACUCCAAUGUGCAGUUUUCAUUUUCUGCUGGCAUUGAGACUAACGGGCAGGACAGCAUGAUGUUGAUGUCUGGGAGAGGAAGGGAGGAAGAAGAGGUGUGUAACUGUGUGCCCUCCCGAGUGGUGAGGUGUGUGUCUGAGCUGAUGAAGUACGGUGAGGACCCAGAUCCACUGAAGACAAGUGAAGUCAUCACCACACUGGGACAACUACUGAAAGGUCAUGUGAGCAGUAAGGGUGAGAUGCUGUGGAAUAUGGACCCUGAGAGCUGGAAGAGAACCAGCCUGGUGGAGAGAAAGAAGUUCAUUGAGACAGUCAGUCUGGAGCUCAUCCUCUCCUCAGACAGCUGGGCAAAAGACUGGAAGGACAAACGCUGCACCUGCAACGAUGAAUCAGAGUAUAUGACGGGACAGACGGUUAAUUUGUCCAUAACAAACUUCUGGAUCUUUGAUGAGUUGUGGAUUGUUCGUAACAUUUUCCCUCUGGUCCAUAAAUGGGAAUGGGGAACUGUGUACAACUUCUUCUUCAAUAUUAAAGAUAAUAACUUUCUGAGCACCAUGGUGUCCAAAGAGAAGAUUCACCUGGUAGACGCUGGGUUAAAGAUUAACUCUCCCUACCCCCCCGUCCUGCGCACAUCGAGGAAGGUCGACCUCAUCAUCUCCUUGGACUUCAGCGCGGGAGACCCCUUUGAGACGGUGUUUAGUGCCAACCAGUAUGCGGAUGAGCUGAAGCUUCCCUUUCCCCCAGUGAAGGAGAGUGUGAGGGAGGAGAAAGACCAUCCUAAGGGCUGCUACGUUUUUGAGGGGCGACACCCUGAAGAGCCCACCGUCAUGCACAUGCCCCUGUUCAACCUGCAGAACUGCCAAGGCAAAGAGGAGAUUAAGGAGGAGAGGGAGAAGUACACAACGUUCCAGCAGCACUACGGUGUGUCUGAGAUCGACCACCUCCUGAAGAAGGCCAAGGACAACUUGAAGAACAACAGAGACAGGAUCCUGGAGCAGAUCUUGUUGGCUGUCAAACGCAGAAAGAAUCGCAAAUCUGUGGCUCAAUAGUCUUUAUCUGUGGUGUAAAGUACUACUUAAGUACUUUAUGGGAGUAUCUUUACUUUACUACUUAAGUAUGACAACUUUUGCUUCACUACAUUCCUAAAGAAAAUGAUCUAUGUUUUACUCCAUACACUUUCCCUGACACCCAAUUGUAGCCUAACUGUUUUUUGGUUACAUUUUGAAUGCUGCGCAGGACAUAAAAAAUGUCUAAAUCACACACUUAUCAAGAGAACAUCCCCUACCUGUUCAUCCCUACUGCCAUUGAUCUGGAGGAAUGAUCAGAAGCACCUGCUGCUCGUGGGUUGCUCGUCUGUGUUCCCAAGAAAUGCUGUCUUGAAUGAAAAAGAUUUGUACCUACACACUGGAGAGAACUGAAUGGUCUGUGUACGCCAUCUCUAAUGCAGUAAAAAUGAGCCCCUUGCAAAACGUGAUAAAAAAAUAAAAUCGUGCC